CGCCGUCGCAGCCCGACCGCCGCGAGGAGAACCCUUUGCAGAAGGUGCUGACGACGGCCUCGCAAACUGGCCGCGUGCUUGCUCGCCGGGAAUACUUGAUUAAUCGUUAACUGGUGCGGCACAAAAAGCAGUGGUGAUGUAACGAAAAAGUGGUGUGACGGUACAGGUGAUGUGUGUUGUGUGUGAUGCCACGUUUAGUGUGACGGACUUUCACAACCGUAUUUCAAGGAUACUAAUCUUGUGUUGCAAGAUGGACUGUGACACCGUCUAGCAAGGGGAAGGCAGUUCUUGACAAAGUGGUUAUUUUUGAGGAUUGCGAGCAUAUCUAGAAAGAAAUGUUUUGCAAAUCCGUAUAUUAAAGAUUCUGCGGUGCACGCACCCUAUGCCUCUAAAGCCGUGGCACUUGAGGAGAAAGACAUUCUCCCACUGAUGGGACCGAAUGAAGUCCUUCUCGUAAUGCUCAGACACCUGAAAAGGACUCAACAUUACGACCCUAGAGAUAAACAAGGCUAAAUCGACAUCUAAAAAGAAACAAGGAAGCAGCCUUGUAAAUUCCACUGGCAAUGCUUUUCACGUUCAGUCAGCGAUGAACUGCUGACCGAAGGCUGAUGGUGUGAAGCUGUAAUUGGUCAUUUUUAGAAUAGUUAGUACGCGCGGUCCGACGGGCACGCAUAGCAACCAGGGUUAUGCAUGCUUCUGCUGACAGGUUCUCCAUAGCUACAAUGAAUCAGCUGUGCAAAGUGUGCGGCGAGCCAGCUGCCGGCUUCCACUUCGGCGCCUUCACCUGCGAGGGAUGCAAGUCGUUCUUCGGCCGGACGUACAACAACCUGUCGCAGGUGCACGAGUGCAAGAACGGCGGCCAGUGCGUCAUCAACAAGCAGAACAGGACGUCGUGCAAGGCCUGCAGACUCCGCAAGUGCAUUAUGGUCGGCAUGUCCAAGAGUGGGUCGAGAUACGGCAGACGCUCCAACUGGUUCAAGAUCCACUGCCUCCUCCAAGAGCAGGCGGCCUUCAACGGGCAGACUCCCGCUCUUCGCAGUCCCAUCACCCCCACGCUGCAGGAUGGGUCGCUGCCCUUCGUGUCGGCUCAUCUCCGGGACUCCAUGGGGCGGGACGGCCCCGUGCGAGCCGCGCCCCAGCUGCAGGGGCCUCCGGAGUUGCACAGCCAAGACCUCCAAACCUCGCUGUCUGGUCUGACAACCGCGUCACAGCUGAACGCGCAAGUGGAGCGUCGCCUGCAGGAGGAGGCCCUGAGCGCCCUCACGCGCGGCCAGGGUCAUCACCCUCCUAGUCCAGACUUCGAGUCCCAUUACAGAGAGCAGGUCCUGGAAGCCCUCCGGCGCUCGCAAAACCUCGGCAGUCUCCGAAGGACGCCCGACUUCGACGCCCUCAGGAGGUCAGUGGAGAUUGACCCCCUGCGCCGCAGUCAUGACCUGGAUGCCCUUGACGCUCUCAGGCAAGUCGCCCCCGAGGUCGAGGCAAGACUCGGGCCGCUUGCCGUCCUCGAAUGGGAGAGGAGAAUACGAGAGAUUUCGAGGAGGAGUGACACGGAGGUCACCCUCGAGAGAAAGGAUCAGCUGUCCACCGAGAUUAAGGUCGAGCAGCUUCGGUCGCCAGCUGAUUGCUGCAUGGAGUCUGCAAGCGGAGGCGCCAAAGGCAGUCACCAGAGCGAGCACGAGGCGGUCUCGUCGGUCAAGGAGGAAACUCUGAAGCCGGAAUACGAGCAGACCGAGCUGGCCCUGUCUGUUCACGGAGACGUAGAGAAGAGUCGGCGGGAGGCGCCUCCGAAAUUCGCGUCCGAGAAAAAAGGCGUCGGAAUUCUGAUGUCGGAGGAGGAGCGUUUGUCCUUCCUGAAAGCAGUCAAUAGUCAGACCUCCGUGUACACGCGUGACCAAGCCCCGGUGACGUCAACGGCGAGAAUGCCGACCAAUGCUGACCUCCUGUACAAUUCUCUCAAUAACAACAUUUUCCCGUUCCCUCCCUACCCUCCGCUGUGGCCGUCCAUGCUCCCCUUCCCUCCGCUGGCCAAGUUCUAUCCUUCUUUCGGCGGAUCCCUUCCUCCGAGCGCCAUAGAUGGCUUUAAGAGCACUAUGUACAGCCCGCUUGACGCCACGAGCUCCAGGUCGCCGCUGCGACUCCCCAAGGACGACGCCAUGACGAAGAAGCGAUUCCUUGACGCCGUGCUACAGGUCCAGAGGCAGGACAGCAACCCCCUCGACGGGGGCGCAGCCGGAAGAGGGCUAUCCCAGGCCCAGCCAAGCGUGUCCCCGGCAGCCUCGCCUCCCGCGCCCCCUGUGACCUCCGCCGCCGCCUCACACGACCAGCCCAUGGACCUCACCGUUAGAAGGAAGAGGAAGAUGGACAAGAGUGAGAUCAUUUAUAAUCCCAGUGAUGAUAUCGCCGAUGUCGUGGAGAGCGAGGAUGAAAAGGCAGAUGAGAAAUGGCUGAAGAGGACUGAUGAGGAGGAAGAACCGGUUGAAGAGGACGAAGAGGCGAAGGCAAAUGACAUGAUAGAAAGUGAAACGCAAAUGAAGCCCACAAAAACAGAAGUUCCUCUUAAAUUGAUAAAACUUGAUUCCCCCGGUGAAACGCUUGUGGCGUAACGUAGACUUUAAGUGCAUUGAUUCACCGUGAUAUCAGUGACAGGUGAUUUGUGUCUGAAGGAUUGAAAAUAUACUGCAUUUUAUUUUACGUGGUACAACUCAACCAUACAAAUAGGAGUAAUAUACAAUUUAUCGCAGAUGAGUGACCAGUUAAUGUCACGCAAUAUCAGGACUUUGUAGUGGCAGUCCAUACCUAGUGAAUACGUUGGUUGAGUAUUUUAUUCUAGAACAAUGAAAUAGCAUAUAGUGAUUUAAUUACGAGUAUCAGGAAUUUUAGUGCCUUCUUACACCCUUUUCGGGGCAGGGAUUUUUCACCUAAGUCAAUACUGUGCCAUAAAAAGCCUUGACCAUAUGACCUACAGUGCGACUUAACAUGUGCUUCGAGUGUUCAUACAACGAACGUGUGCCUCCUUUAAAGUGUCCUUGGAAAUAACUGACUGGAAUAUUUAUUGGAUUUAUAUACAUUUUUAAGAAACGAUACUGCAGUUGUUUUUACGGGCCACUGAUUGAACUCAGCAUUUGCGUGUCUCAGUGACAUUUUUCAAAUGUAAUUUUAUAUCAGUUUCCUACUCUGGAUGGUAAAUCCGUGAUCAUAGUAAGGGACUGUUAUCAUACAAUUUUGAUUUAGCAACGUGUGUCCGUUAGGACGUAAUUUUAAGUGGUAAUUUUCAUUUCAAAGCUGAGGGUGGUGCUAUUUUGGAUAUGAAGAUGAGAACGAGAUAUAUAUGGGCGUAAUGUGAGUGUCCAGUGUCUUUCUCUGGGAGUUAAAUCUAGACUACAAAUUUAUUACACACAAACACACU